AUUCCUCCACAUCGCUCUCAUUCAUGUAAACCACUCGAGAGUCGAGACGUUAGUGGCCGUGUAUUAUCUCCCCGUCGUCUUGUAGUGUUCAUCUCCACCACUCACUCUACUGUCCCCAAGAGCUGAGAAUUUAAACUUCGCAAGUCUCCGUCCAUUGCAGAAGAAAAGAGAUGAAGAAGAACUCAAACUCUCAAAUGAAAUCUUGACACGAACCUUUAGCAGAAGGUGCAGUACGAAGUAGUAGUACGGACGGACUACGUAGUUGGAGUAUAAAAUCGUUGGUGCAUGCCCAGCAACGAACAAGCACACCGGCCGGCAAUGGAUCAGGCGGCGGACUCGUACUCCACCUCUACCACGCCCCUCUUCCUCCUAGGCUCCCUCGCGCUCGCGGUCUCGCUGCUCGUGCUUCUGGGCCAUGGGCGCGGGAAGACGCGGCUCCCGCCCGGCCCGCCGGCGCUGCUCUUCCUCGCCAAGUUCGUGGCGCUCCGGCGGUCGAUAUUCGACCUGGGCCCGCUGAUCGUCGACCUCCACGCGCGCCACGGCCCCGUCAUCUCCAUCCACCUCUUCCGCACGCUCAUCUUCGUGGCCGACCGCAAGAUGGCCCACCGCGCGCUCGUCCAGGGCGGCGCCACCUUCGCGGAGAGGCCGCCGCCGGUCGAUCCCACCCGCCUGUUCACGUCCGGGGGUCGCGACAUCAGCUCCUCCCCGUACGGAACCUACUGGCGCCUGCUCCGCCGAAACCUCGCCGCGGAGGCGCUCAGCCCGGCCCGCGUCGCGCACUUCGCGGCCGCAAGAAGGUCGGCGUGCGACGGCCUCGUCUCCAGCCUACUCAGAGAGCAAGAGCGGCAGGGGCAGGAGGAGGCCGUGACACUGAGGCCGUUUCUGCGGCGCGCCAUGUUCGAGCUGCUCGUCUUCAUGUGCUUCGGCGCUCGGCUGGAGCGCGAGGCGAUGGACGAGGUGGAGGAGCUGCAGCACCAGGUGCUCGUCGCCUUCACCUCCUUCCCGGUCUUCGCUUUCUUCCCGGCGGUCACCAAGAGGCUCUUCCGCAGGCGCUGGGCGGAGUACCUCGCGGUGCGCCGCAGGCAUGAGGAGGUGUUCGUCCCGCUCAUCCACGCGGAGCGCGCCGGCGGCGACCCGCCGUGCUACGCAGAGUCCCUCCUCGCCGUCCGCAUGGCCGACGACGUCCGGCUCACGGACGCCGAGAUGGUCAGCCUCUGCUCCGAGUUCCUCAACGGCGGGACGGACACCACGGUGACCCUGCUGGAGUGGAUCAUGGCCGAGCUCGUGAACCACCCCGACGUCCAGGCCAAGGUGUACGAGGAGGUGAGAGCCAACCCAGAGCUCAACGACCUGCAGGGGAUGGGGAUGCCGUACCUGAAGGCCGUCGUGAUGGAGGGGCUGCGGCUGCACCCGCCGGGCCACUUCCUCCUCCCACACGGCGUGCAGCACAGUGGCGACGGUGGCGUUGAGAUCGGAGGCUACAUGGUGCCCAAGGGCGCGGAGGUGAACUUCCUGGUGGCCGAGAUCGGUCGCGACGAGACGGUGUGGACGGCGGCGCGGGAGUUCCGGCCGGAGAGGUUCCUGGAGGGCGCCGAGGGGCACGGCGUGGACAUCACGGGCAGCAGGGAGAUCAAGAUGAUGCCUUUCGGAGCGGGCCGCAGGAUGUGCCCGGGUUACUCGCUCGGGAUGCACCACGCCGAGUACUUCGUGGCCAGGAUGGUGAUGGACGUCGAGUGGCGGCCGCCGGUGGAAGGGGAGGAGGUGGACAUGGCGGAGACGCUGGAUUUCACCACUGUCAUCAAGCAUCCGCUCCGUGCGCGCCUCUUCGCCAGGACUAAUUCCCACAAUGCAUGAUGAAUUUUGUGUCCAAGGGAUGAAGGGAGAGUGUUAGGAAUAGUUAGCUAAGCAGGAAGUUAGUGAUCCAAACGCUACUAUAUGUAUUGCCAACAGUCACAAACCUUUGUAAACCACCUCAAAGGCAUCUCUUCAGGAACUAUAUAAAGCCCUGAAGAAGCAUCAAUAACAUUCUUGGGUCUCAA